UUCCGGUUUCCGCUCUUGGGGUUUAACUCACGUACCCAGACUGCCGGCCGUCGUUGGGCUCCUGCGGGCUUCUGAUGGAGGGGCCGGUCCUCUGCGAGGACGCAGCAGGAUCAAGAGCAGCCUCCACCCCUAACCAAAGAUCAAAAGCUAUGAAACUACUGAAUUUGUGUCUUACAUCACAUGGGGAAAGCAAAGAAGCAUAAAAAAGCGCCCAGAUCUAGGCAAUUCUGACUGUCAUCAUGGGUAUCCGAGGACUAAUGACGUUAGUGGAAGACCAUACUAAUGAGUUCUUUACUGAUUUAAAACUGCAGAACACAAAAAUUAUCAUUGAUGGGUAUUCUCUUUUCCACCAUCUUUGCUUCAAUUCAAACUUGGAGCUCCGGUAUGGAGGGGACUAUGAUUCUUUUGCAGAAGUUGUACAGAAGUUCUUUGAAUCACUGUUUACUUGUAAUAUAUGUCCAUAUGUGGUAUUAGAUGGAGGAUGUGACAUUUCAGAUAAAAAGCUUACAACCAUAAAGGAUCGAGCUAGAGAGAAGAUCCAGACAGCCCAUUCCCUUUCCAUUGGUGGGGGAGGGUGUGUGUGUCCCUUACUCAUCCGAGAAGUGUUCAUACAGGUUUUGAACAAACUGCAAGUAAGUUUUGUCCAGUGCUUUUCAGAAGCAGAUCGAGACAUCAUGACCCUUGCCAAUCAUUGGAACUGCCCAGUGUUGUCAUCAGAUAGUGACUUUUGCAUUUUUGACCUGAAAAGUGGGUUUUGCCCAUUAAAUAGCUUUCAGUGGAGAAAUAUGAAUACUGUUAAGGGCACACAGAACUACUAUAUACCUGCCAAAUGCUUUUCCCUUGAUGCAUUCUGCCAUUACUUCAGCAAUAUGAACAAAGCUCUGCUUCCUCUCUUUGCGGUGUUGUGUGGAAACGACCAUAUUAAUCUGCCCAUCAUGGAGACAUUCUUAAGUAAAGUAUGUCUUCCUCCUAAAGCUACUAGUUCUAAGGGGAGGAGACACCACCGGGUUCUAGGACUGCUAAAUUGGCUCUCUCAUUUUGCCAACCCUGCUGAGGCACUAGAUACUGUUCUGAACUUCCUCCCAAAAAAGGAUCGAGGAAAUGUUAAGGAACUUCUCUGCUGUUCCAUGGAAGAAUACCAGCACUCCCAGGUGAAGCUACAGGACUUCUUCCAAUAUGGUGCUUACGUCUGUCCAGAUACGUUGGAGCUGGGUUUACCAGAAUGGGUUCUUGUGGCUUUAGCCAAAGGCCAGCUGUCUCCUUUAAUCAGUGAUGGUCUGGUGCUAAGACGGACCAUUCUUCAUACCCAGGUAGAAAACAUGCAGCGACCAAAUGCCCACAGAGUAUCUCAGCCCAUCCGGCAAGUCAUCUAUGGGCUUCUUUUGAAUGUUUCAUCAGAUCCAGAAAACAUGCUCUGGAAUGCAUUGCCUCCACGGCCUGUAGCUUUCAGUGAAGUGGAAAGGAUUGAUAAAAAUAUCAAAACGUCAAUUGUUAAUGCAGUAAAACCGCCCAAGGAUCAUUCUGAUUUGAGCAAACUGACCGAGCUCCCCUUGGCUAAGAGGCAGAUGCUUCUGUUAGAAACCCUGAAGGUCAAAGAGACCAUCCUGGAGCCAAUCCCUGCCUCUUUCAAGUUGCCCAUUGCUGUCAGUUGCUACUGGUUACAACACAUAGAGGCCAAAAUAAAGCUACACCAUCUACAAGCAUUACUGCUGGGCAUGCUGAUGGGGCCCUUGCAUGCCAUCAUCAACAGCCCUGGGAAGGAAGAUGUGUGGGCAGGUGGUGCUAAGAUGUUGUGUGAAGAGCUCCAAAGGGUGAAGGAAACACAGCCAGGCCCGAGAAUGGAUUUAGACACAGCUCACGCCUUCUGUCAGUGGCAAAGCUGCCUCCAGAUGGGGAUGUACCUCAACCAGCUGCUGGCCACUCCUCUUCCAGAGCCAGACCUAACUCGACUGUACAGUGGAAGCCUGGUGCACGGACUCUGCCAGCGACUGCUAUCCUUGACCUCAGUAGAAAGCCUUCUGAGCAGGUGUCCUGAGGCCAAGCAACUUUAUGAACGUCUGUUCAGUGCCACAAGGUCAUAUGCCCCGGCUGAGUUAUUCCAACCAAAGGGUAAAUCAAAUUCAAAAAAAAGGAGGAAGGAAAAGAACAGAGUGGGAACCACCUCAGACAGGAGGUGUUGGUACGAGGGAAGCAAUCGGUUCCGGCUGUUAAUGGUUGAAAACUCUGAGGAGAAUAGUGAGGGCCACCAAGCUUGAAUAGACUCAGUUUGCAUCAAAUCAAAUGUGUAAAUAUAUGUAUAUAAUUCUACCUGAAAUUGUUCUCUCAACCUCUCUUGAAACUAUUAACUUUACUUUUUUAGGACUAACCUGUUAGGGGAUAAACAUGGUAACAGAUAAUCUUUGAAUUCCAAGAUAUUUUAUAUUGUACUUUUAAUAAAUGCAAACUGAUUUAAGAAA